AUGGACGACAACGUUGGCGUUCCUAGGACGAGCGAAGGAUUAUCGGUAGUGUCUUCGUUAUCUGAAGUCAGCGAGCAGAUCGCCAUCGUCGAGCACAUCCCGACUGACCCCGAAACGGCUGCAACUGCUGUCUUCCACACAGGCGAAGAAGUUUCGAGUGCGAAUGUUGGUGGCCAUCCGCAAUGCGAAGUGCAAGUUGUGAAGGUCUCGAAUGGAAAUGUCAGCAUCAGAUUCGCUACCCCAGCUGCAGCAGCGUCACACAUUGCAGCUUCACAGUCCACACUGCAACCAAUCCAGGAAGUCAUUGCAAACAGCCCUUCUCAUUCAACGAGGUCUUCCAGUCCGAAUUUGCAAGAUUCGCAAGUCGUAAUGACGAUUCAGCAAGCCGAGCAAGAGGAAAUGUCCGGCGCAAAUCAACUCCAAAAUCGCCGUGGGGAGGAGCGUUGA